AUAGCUAACUCAGAGUGAGGGUAUGUUCAUAUGCUUAAACGAGUCAUCUGGGACACUUCCAUGACUCCAGUGGCAUCCACAGUGAAGCAGCCUGCUGCCUUUAGCCCUGUUGCUGUGCGCUCUUCUUGGCCACGUCGGAGCCUCUGCGCGAGUGUCGCAUUCUGGUGCGCAGCUCCAGCUUCUGUUUGUGACGACGCGGGAAAUGGCGUCCGCUGUCGGGCUUGAGCAGUGACUGUCGGAGAAACAAACGCAGCAGACAGCGACAACCACGGCCCGACCGCGGUCUGGGGCCGCCUCGGCUGCGGCCAGAAGCUGACAUCGCGGUGUGACUGAGAAGCGCUUCCCAGAUCAUCGAGUUUCUAUGUGACGCCGGGGCACAAUGAGGCUGAGAGUGCGUAAAGCUCCUCAGCAGCCAAAGUUAGGCCAUCGCUCCCAUCUGCCCCAGGGCAAAAGGAAGCGCUGUGCAGUGGAGCCAUCACCUGUGAGAAAUCGAGGAAAGAUGCAGAAGAAUGAGACGGGCCUCCUCUCCACCAUUAAAAAAAUCAUCCGUGGGAAUGCUGUUAAGAUGGAGCAGGAAAUCCCUGCCAAGAAGAGUCGUAUUGAUUGUAAUUCUGAUAGGCAUUUAAUCACUUCAACACCUCAAACUAGAGGCCUUACCAACAAAGGAGUCACCAGAGUUUGUAGAAAAAGUCCCAAUAAAGAUACACUUGCCAUAAAUAAUAAACCUCUAAAACCAAAUGGAAAACUAGAGGCCCCUGUCGAAGAAGAGAACAGCCCUCCUCGUACCACUUUGCUUGGGACCAUCUUUUCUCCUGUCUUCAACUUUUUCUCACCAGCAACAAAACUAGCCACUCCUGGGUCAGACUCUCCAGGCCAAGCAAUGGAGGCAGAGGAGAUCAUGAAGCAGCUAGACAUUGAGCCGGCAGAGGAGAUGCCGAGUAGCACUCUCACCUCCACAGAGAGCAUCACUCUUUGUCACAGUAACACAGCAUUACCCACAAGGCUCCACAUCAGUACCGACUCCAUCGAAGAAGGGGAGAUUGUCACAGAAACAGAUAUGCCACCGCUAACAGCUCCCGGUUGUAUCCCAGAAGGAGGUUAUCCUCACCCUUUACCUCCAGUUCCUGUAGAAACUUCAUAUGAGGAUGACUGGGAGGUAUUUGAUCCCUACUUCUUUAUCAAGCAUGUGCCUCCAUUGAACGAAGAGCAGUUGACGCGUAAACCAGCACUACCUUUGAAAACGCGCAGCACUCCUGAGUUUUCCCUAGUUUUGGACUUGGAUGAAACACUGGUUCACUGUAGUUUGAAUGAGCUUGAAGAUGCAGCAUUGACAUUUCCUGUACUUUUUCAAGACGUAAUAUACCAGGUAUAUGUCCGGUUAAGGCCCUUUUUCCGAGAGUUUCUUGAACGCAUGUCUCAGUUAUACGAGAUAAUUCUCUUUACUGCUUCAAAGAAAGUGUACGCAGACAAGUUGCUAAACAUCCUGGAUCCAAAAAAACAGUUGGUCAGACACAGACUAUUUCGAGAACAUUGUGUGUGUGUCCAAGGAAACUACAUCAAAGACCUCAACAUCCUUGGACGGGAUCUGUCAAAGACGGUAAUCAUUGACAACUCACCUCAAGCCUUUGCCUACCAGCUUUCCAACGGGAUUCCUAUUGAGAGCUGGUUUGUUGAUAGAAAUGAUAAUGAACUUUUGAAGUUAAUCCCUUUUCUUGAAAAACUUGUGGAACUGAAUGAAGACGUCAGACCGCAUAUUCGUGAGCGGUAUCGUUUGCACGACCUUCUCCCUCCAGACUGAGGUCCUUGGCUUUCUGUGCAUUUUAAACUAUUGGUGAAAAAUAACUGAAAAUUCAACAAAAUUAACAAUGACAUUGUUAUUUUAAAGAUCAUGCAAAAAAACUGAAAGUUAUGUCAAAAGCUGUGGAUGCUUUUAUACAAAUCAGAACAAGCAGUUGUACUUUCUCUUUGCUCGUAACUUUAUGUGCGACCUAUGAAGUCGAAGAAUGACAAAACUGAAUGUCAAGUGUUGGGUUUUAUGGACCUUGUAGGCUUCAGCCUGACAUUGAGCGGCCAGUCAAACCUGUAAAAUAUUCACUAUUUACUUGUAAAUAUCUGUAAAUAAUGUUUUCUUCAAGGUUUUUAAGUCUUUUUAUUUUCAAAAUUUUAGUAGCUGUUCUUUAACUUGCUUUUUUAAAAUGACAAAUGUGUGCAUUUUGUUGAAGUUGCUUGUUUAUGUUGUAUGCCUGCGCCGCGCUAUUCCUGUGAUGCUGUUCUCCAUUACAUGCAGUUGUCUGUGAUCAGGUGGUUUAAAAAAACAAAUGUAACUUUGGGAGAAAAUGUUUAUGAAAUAUAUUUUAAAAGCUGUAAUGUAAGAUAGAUUAGGUCUCAACUGAAUACCAAGCCAUAGUGGCCCAAAAUUAUUUUGUGAGGGAUUUAUAUAGACAAGUUUCUGAUGAAGACCUGACCAGUUUGAAGGGUUUGUGACUGGGCGUGGGAUUUGGGGGGUCAGACAUCUUGCACUUUGACAUCCAGCCCUUUGUAAGUUAAUGUAAAAUCUUGUCAUUUUCUACACAGGUGUGCAUCACCUCAACUUUGUUAUGAGGUUUAAAAAAAUAAAUUGUAGCACCAGCAAAUUGCCAACAUGUUUGCUUCUUGUUUUUCAAGGCGACCUGUUUGUGGGAUCUUUAUGAUGUAGGACUUUUAUUGACUAUUGAAUGAGCUCUCCAGUUGUAUUCAGUGUUGCUCAGUGGUUUCCUUGAAAAUAAAUAACAUUUUAUACAA